AAUAUAAAAGAUCUCAUCUUUUUCUCAUCUCACUCUCUACAAAAGGUAUAGGGGAUGGACAAAGAAUAAUGGCGUAAGAUGAAAGUAAAGCCAAGAGAGAAAGAGAGAGAGAAAGAAAAAGCUCUAUAUAUUGGAAUGGUGGUGGGGAGAGAUUUUGCAGAGAGAUAUAGCUAGAGAGAUUACUAAAAAAAAAAAAAAAAAAAAAAAAAGAUAUCCAAAAGAAAAGAGAAGACAAAAGAAAUUCACAAGGAGAGUUCAUAGAGAUAUAGAUAAGGAUUUAACACUCAAAUUCCAAACCUUCUUUUUCUUUAUUUUUUCUUUUCAUUUUCUUGUUUAUUUUUCUUAUUAAUUAGCACAAUUGCAUAGAGGGAAAAAAAAGGGGAAAAAAACCUUCUUUUUUGGGAGUGAUAUGUGUGGGGAGGAUCAAGAAGAGGAUCAUCAUCAACAACAACAUCAAGGGGAGUGUUCACAAACAAUUGAGAAUAUGUUUCAAGAACAACUUCUUCUCCACCAACAACUACAAAACAACAACAAUAACACUGAUCAGCAUCAUAUGAUGUAUGGCGGAGAUCCUCAUCAUCAUCAUGGAAUUGGAAGAUCAGGGUUAAUUUUUCCACCCGAGGUCGUGUCACCGAUGCUCCAACCGUGGUCGUCGCUUAAUCCGUUUAUGAUCCUUCCGCCUCCACCGCCACCACCGCUACCGACAUCAUUAUCAUGUUCAUCAUCAGCUUAUGGUAGUUUGUUUAACCGAAGACCUCCUAAUUGUCUUCAAUUUGCGUAUGACGGUCCAUCUUCGGCAGACCAUCUAGGUCGAAUCAUAUCGACCACUCUCGGACCGGUGGUUCAUCCAGGUUCCACGGCUCCCUUUGGCCUACAAGCUGAGCUUGGCAAAAUGAGUGCUCAAGAAAUAAUGGAUGCUAAAGCUCUUGCAGCUUCUAAAAGCCAUAGUGAAGCUGAGAGGAGAAGAAGAGAAAGAAUCAACAAUCAUCUUGCUAAGCUAAGGAGCUUACUCCCUAGUACCACUAAAACAGACAAAGCAUCAUUGUUAGCAGAAGUGAUAGAACACGUGAAAGAACUAAAACGACAAACAUCAUUGAUAGCAGAAACAAGUCCAAUUCCAACAGAAGUUGAUGAAGUAAGUGUAGAUGAUGUUUCAGAACAAGAGAUGAUGAUGAUAAGUAAUAUUGGAUCAUCACCCAAAUUUGUAAUAAAGGCUUCUCUUUGCUGUGAAGACCGUUCUGAUCUUCUCCCUGAUCUCAUUAAAACCCUCAAAUCCUUACGUUUAACAACUCUCAAAGCUGAAAUCACAACCCUUGGUGGUCGUUUAAGAAAUGUCUUGUUUGUCACUGCUGACGAUGAACAACAACAACAACAACAACAAAAUAUUACAUCUAUUAUUCAAGAUGCCCUCAAAGCUGUCAUUGAAAAAACUUCAGGGGAUCAUGAUUCUUCUUCAGCAAAUAUCAAAAGACAAAGGACCGCUACUGCAAAUAACAUUAAUAAUAUCCUUUAAUUUUCUUUUUUUCUUUUUUUAUAUAAUUUUGGUAAUGAUCAUAUUCAUACCAUAUAGUACUGAAAAAUUUGAUCUUUUUCGUAUGGAGAUAAAAGGGUGAUCUUUCUCUAUGAUGGGUUUUUUUCUUUUUUUUUUUAUUUAUGGCUUAAAAAAUGAUGUGAGGUUUUUUUUUUAUUUUUUUUUUUUCAGAGUUGCAGUGAAGUUUUUAAGAAAAACCCUAAUGAGGUUUGCAUGUGCUGCAGUUGUGUCCCCAUUGAUAUUGCAAAGUGAUGCAACAAAAAAAAAAGAUUUUAUGCAUAAUAUUGUCUUUGACCUUUGUUGGGGUUUUCCCUUUUAAGUUGGAAUCAUAUUGGUCCUCCCUUUUGUUUUCAGAUUUUGUUGCAAUAUUUUUGGGUUUGUUUAAU